GAACGCUUCUGCUGCCUCUUCCAUUCACUCGCUCCUUGUUCUUUGAUUUCUUGUAGGCCUCUGCGGCAGAGAUGGAGAAAAUAAGGGUACGAAAUUCCUGGGUGCCAGCCUGCCUAUGGCAACCUAGAAUACUCCAGGGGAGGCUCGCAAAAUCUUCGCCUACCCUCUGGGACAGCACGUUGCAGGAACAGAAAGGGGAACUUCGCAAGCGACUCUCCUACACAACUCACAAACUGGAAAUGCUUGAAACAGAAUUCGAUUCUACACGCCAAUAUCUCGAAGUAGAACUGAGACGCGCUCAGGAAGAACUCGAAAAAGUGACAGAAAAGCUGAGACGGAUACAAAACAAUUACCUAGCCUUACAAAGAAUUAAUCAAGACCUAGAAGACAAAUUGUACAGGAUGGGUCAACAUUAUGAAGAAGAAAAAAGAGCAUUAAGCCACGAAAUAAUAGCCCUCAAUAACCAUUUGAUAGAAGCCAAGGUGACAAUUGAUAAAUUGUCAGAAGAUAAUGAGCUCUAUAGAAAGGAUUGCAAUUUAGCUGCUCAGCUGCUCCAGUGUAGCAAGAAUUACGACAGGGCGCAUAAGCUUUCCGAGCUGCCAUCGGAAUUUCAGGAACGUGUCAGCAUUCACUUAGAGAAGCAUGGAUGCAGCCUCUCCGUACCUCUGUGUCAUACAUCAUUUGCUGACAACAUCCCGACAUGUGUCAUUGCUAAAGUCCUAGAGAAGCCCGACCCAAACAGCCUUUCUUCCCAUUUGUCGAGCUCAUCAGCCAGAGAUCUUGCCUUCCAGGACUCCGUCGGAAAGCUCAGCCAAAGACCUCAAUACAAGUCUGACAUCUAUUGCAGUGAUACAGCUCUUUACUGCCCGGAAGAGAGAAGAAGGGAAAGAAGGCAGAGUGUUGACAUGCAAGUGAAAGACGUUGGGUUCCUGAGAUCCCAGAAUUCCACAGACAGCACCGUUGAAGAAGAUGGCUUCCAUUCCAGUUUCUCCCAUGAAGCUUUCCCGGAAUAUGUUACCUCUCUGCCUACUUCGAGCUCCUACUCCAGCUUCAGCGUAACGUCUGAGGAGAAGGAGAAUGCCCAAGCUAACACAUUGACUGCCUCCCAGCAAGCAAUCUACAUGAGCAGCCGCGAUGAGAUGUUCGAAAGAAAGCCAUCUUCAGGUUAUGACCACCAGGGGAGCCCCAGGUUUGCCAAGUCCAAAUCCAUUCAGCACAUGGAGCUGGCUGAUGACCAUGAGAACUCCCCAACCUUCACUAGGACUAUGUCGCCUUAUACAAGCGAGCCUUACCACUUCUCGGCCAUAACAACCCAGCAAGCUUUAGCAUCGCAGCAAAUGCGCAGUGAGUGCAGGGACACCCAUUUGUCUGAAGAGGACCUCCCUGGGCGGUGGAGGCAGCUGAGCGUGGAGGACAUCGGGGCCUAUUCUUACAGGAACAGUGGUAGACUUUCCCCCUGCAGCUUCUCAGAGCAGUAUUACAGAAGCCCCGUCAAGAAAGCGGACAGCCGGUCAAGCCCCAUCUAUGCUAGUUACAAAGGUGACAGCUUCUCGGAGGGAGAGGACAUCUGCCAGAGCCGGCUCAUGGAUUCUUGCUUCCUGAGAACAGACAGCGGUCUGAAUAUUGACAUCAGCACCAGCUGUAAACAGGACAAGUUGUCCUCUUACAAAACGAAAGAACUGAGAGACAAGAAGAACGAGAGGAUCACAGUCCAGGUGUGCAGCAGCAAAAGCAUGGAUGGCAGCCCUGUGUUGAAAAGAGAGUAUGUUGACGUUAGUCCAAACAGCUCGGCAGAGUCCCUCAACCAGAGUUCUAUGGAGGCUUCGGAGAUCCACCAGUCUUCCAUCGAGCAAGGAAGCCACUCAAGCCUUCAUAACAAGCAGCAGCAGUUUCAACGGACUGGAAGUACAGGCUUGAGUCGGAAGGACAGCCUCACAAAAGCACAACUGUAUGGGACCCUCCUCAAUUAAACAUCUUCCAAAGUUGCAAUAAGGAGACAAAAACUCAACAAGGACAA